AUGGAUUCGUCCCAACCGUUUAUAAUCAACAUAGAAGGAAACAUUGGAAGUGGAAAAUCAACUUUGAUUUCCUAUUUAAAGGAAAAACUUUCUCCAACAUAUUUUGAAUUUGUUUCUGAACCUCUUGGAGUUUGGGAAAAUCUUUUAAAUUUAAUGUAUGAAGAUCCUAAAAAAUCAGUACAUAGUGGAUUGUGUUUUGUCGACUCGUUAAAUCGAGAAGAAAAAAUAUCUGAUACAGAAAAGACAAUUUACGAACACGCCUAUAAACUCCUAAAACCAUAUUGCCAUUCAAACUUAAAUUUUUAUUUGAAAUGUCAACCCCAAAUUUGUUUUCAACGAAUAGUAAAAAGACAAAGAAAGGGCGAACAAAAUAUAUCAUUAUUAUAUUUAAAAAAAUUACACGAAUGUCAUGAAAAACGGUUAUCUUCAAAUUCUACUGCAGUUGAAAUACUAAAUCAUGAUAAUAUGGCAAAGGAAUUGUUCGAUACUAAGGAAGUCAGAGACAUCCAUGCUGGAACACAUGAAGGUAAUUCUGAAAUCUGA